AGUAAAAUCUCCGCGCUAAGAAUCAGUGGAAGUGAUGAAAGCAGCGUAGUGUAGUUUUUAUUUCGUGUACGCUGCGCUCAUUGUACAGUCAGUCGGCAAGUCAGACGGAGUUCUUACUAUUCAGGCGCCUCUUGAUAAUUUCCAACUGUGAUAAAACUUCACAAUGUGUGUUGGCAACUUGGAAAAACUUCUUUAGUUUGCAAACGAUAAAUGCCCCGUUUAUUUUAAAUGGAAAUGAAUAUAUGUUUGUUCUUUCUUGAUUGAAUUUGCGUUUGUGUUCGUACAAAAAUGCUGCGCUUGGAUUAUUCGGGAUAUUUUCUUGUUUAAUGGACUAUUAUCUGAGUAAUUUUCAUCCGGGAGUACCCUCCGUUGACUCCUACAGCUAACCCCUUGCAUCCCCGCCGCCAUGUUGACCAGCCGCUUACCCCUGGAUUCCACCUUCAGCAAUCCGUGUCCGUCUCUGUCCGACUCUUCAUCAGCAGACCUCUGCUUCAGCCACAAGACAUCUGAUCCGAAGUGGCACUAUCCUCCUGGCGACAUCCCCAGGACAUCCCCCAUCCCUGCCCAGCAGAAAGACUGCCCCACCAGCAAGAAGGUCGAAGAGAUCAAACCGCCGAAAGCGGCCAUGAACUGCAUCGAACCCGAAGAUGAUCUCAAUAUUCUCAUCAGCAACGCCCGCAAACUUCAACUCUGUGGAUACUACUACGGAAACCUGAGCUGGGUGGACGCUUCCGCCAUUCUCAGACACUGCAAAGUGGGCACCUUCCUUGUCAGGGACUCCGAACACGGGAGCUACCUGUACACCCUCUCCGUACAAACGCGGAAAGGGCCCACCAGCUGUCGCAUCGACUACACGGACGGACUUUUCCGUUUAGACUCUGCGAAAGGCCUGUCGCACAAAAUGCCUCUCUUUGACUGUGUGCUGUCUCUUAUCGAUUACUAUGUCCACCUAUCGCGGCACUGGCCCCUCAAGAACUCCAAGACACUGUCCCCGGUCUGGCUGGACAUGGACGAGUCCAACUCGACUGACGUCCCAGUCCAGAUCUACAAACCUUUGUACAGACAGAUGCGCAGCCUUCAGCACUUGUGUCGAGUGACGAUUGUUAAAAGUAUAAAAGAAAGCGAGUCUUGUUGCAAGACCGCCUACAGGACUACACAAGAUCCGUCAGUGCUAGUUUCUAGAACUUUGGACGAAGACCCUCAGUACAAAAAUUUACCCAAUAUGAUUAAAAACUAUUUAGUCCAAUAUCCCUACACUCAAUGACACCGUCAAUGUCUUAGGUUUUUUUUAUAGCAAUGUUGUGCCUGGCCACAUUUAUUUUUAUAUGUGAUUUGAUUCAUAACAAGGGUGGAAAUUUUUAGGAAUAUUCAUUGGAUCGGUAUGUGUGAAAUUUUUGACUAACACACUGAAAAAGAUUGGACUUUUAAAAAAAAUAAUAACAGUUCAUCUUAUUAAGAUCAACCUGAAAAAUACUGAAGCAGGAUUUAUCUAUCCUAAUGUCUAAAGUUUUUCUCUUUUUAAAAUAAUUAGAGAAAUUCUCUUAAUUUAUAAAAUAAAUGUCAAUGUAGCGUUUAUUUUAUAAAACCCAUUCGACAGAUGCAGUUUCGUUUUUAACACGUCAUCAUUGGGACCAAACAAAAAUAUAAAUAAUGUGUUAAGAUCCAUUUAAUAUUAAGAACAAACUAUGCAUUUUUCGCUCGCCUCAUAUUUUUUUAAAUCCAAUUCCGAUGCAGUUUUAUCGUGAAGAUGUACGGACAUUUGUGUAUGCUAUUUAUUUUUUUUUUUUCUUUUUUUGUACAUUCUGUUCUGUUCCAUACAUUCUUCCAAACAGUAUUAUUCUGGAGUAAAAUUGAGUCUUAUGUUCCCGAUUCUUAUUCUGAGACCCUGAUGCAGAUUUUCUGCUUCAUUGUUUCUUGUGUCUGUAUGUGAGUGAACAUCAGCUGGUUAUGAGAAUAUUUAUUUUGUGUGUGCGUGUGGAUAUAGUUUUAAACGUCAGACAUGUGCUACCGGUACAGAUUUAUUUAAACCAGGGCUUCUUAAAAGCAUCCUAACUUCACCCCCUGCCCCUUUCUCUGGAGAAGGGGGUGGGGAGGGAAAAACGGCAUCACAUCUCCAAUGCAUAGGAAAAUGGAAUAAACCAAAGUGGUACUAAUUGAUGGUAGUAAUAAAAAAAAAUCAUAAAAAUAUUUUAUUUAAAAUUAGGUUGUUAAAAUACUUCAGACUUAUUUCUGAAAACAAAUUUUUAUUAUUUAAUAUAAAUCUUAAUCUUUUGCACUCUGAAAAAUAAUUCGAUGCGUUAUUAUUGAUUUAAUACAUAGACCUGUUUAUUGCACCAGAGGGGGGGGGUGCCAGCUCAGGUGUUGUCCUCGUCAUCUGACCCCGGUUCAAAAUUAUGAAGUCCGUCCCAAAAUAGCCCUAGUGUUGCUUUACAACGGGACGUUAAUAUAACUAAACUAAACUGUUUAUUGCACCGAAAAAUAAAUAUACGCAACUAUUUUAAGUUGAACUUUACUGAAAAUUUUUUAACAUUUUGUAGGUAUUCUUAACAAUUAAAAUUUUAAAAAAUAAAUAAAAAUGUCAAAGUGAUUCACUAUCUUGAAUGGUGACUGAGAGAAGACAGUCGAGUGCAAAAGGUUUAAUAUUCACUUACUUAUUUAUGUUAUUUAUGAUUUAAUAAGCCCUGGGUUUAAAAAAUCUGUUUCAUUAUUUGCAAAUGGGUGUAUUUUGAUGUUAUAGAAUGUGUCUAAGUAAUAACUGCAAAUAACAUUUGCAAUACCUUAACAUGGCAAGGCAAAAAAAAAGAAAAAAAGCUUCGAGCUUUUUUUAUGCAAGUUAUAUCAUCUAUGCAAUUUCCUCCGCUGUUUGAUCAAUGCAGAUGUAAAUAUGUACAUAAGUAUUUUAGUGUCAUUUUUUUAAUGAAAAUCAGAAGAACUAGAUGAUCUAAUAUAUAUAUAUAUAUAUUUGUAUUUAUUUUUUCGUCCAUUGUAUAAAGUUUUGAAACUGACUUGAAUUUUCUGGAAAUUUUGACCAAAUGUUCUAGAAUUUGCAAAAGCAGAGAAAUUUUUUUUAUAUAUAAUAUCAUCCAUAAGCAUCCGGUGCUUGUAGCAUUGUGUUUAUAAUGAUUAAGCCUACUCUAACAUGAUAAUGUGAAUAGGCUGGCAUCCUAUCUAUAAAUUUUAAGAAUAAAUGCAAAGAGAAAACAUUCAAGACAUUUGAACCUAAUUGCUUAGCCAAUCUUUGUGCUUUUAUGUAAAGUAUGUUUGUAAGAGCUUAUAUAUAAUUUGGUCUCAAAAUUCGUAUAAAUUUGAAUGCCAUAUAAAUUUGUAUAUAAUUAUUUUGUUGUUUUUAAAAUUAUUUUAAGCUGAGUGUUUAUAUAAAAAAAAACUUACCCGGUGAAUUAGCACAUUUUUUUCCCCCAAAACUUUAAAGAAAUGUGUUUUUAGUCAAAAAAAAAUCAUUCGCAGUUAGAUAUUUUAGAAAGUCACUUUUUUCUUUCUAUUUGUUAUAGUGAAAUUUUAGUUAUAUUCUCGAAAGAGGGUAAAACUAUGCAAUAUGUAUGUAUUAGAACGCAGCAGUGUGUUUAUAGAAUAUUUUUAUUAUUAUGUCAUAAAAUUUAUAGUAAAACUAAAUUAUAGUAAAAAAAAUAUUGUUUACGAUUAGUAAUUUUUUACUUGAAAUGUUUGUAAAUUAAAUUUUUAUUGUGAGUAUAAAAACUGACGGAAAAUUACUAAAAAAGAAUUGUAAAAAAAAAAAAAUUACAAAAAUCUUUUUGUGAGAUAAUGAUGCUUUGUUAUCACUUAACGAGAUUUUUUUGUAAACCAUGUAAAAAAAUUGAAAAUUUAUGUAAAAAAAAAAAGGGAAUUUAUAUAAAAAAAAAUUACAUUUUUUUUUCUUUUUUGUGAGAAAAUUAUAUGUAGAAUACUGUCUUCGUCGUAAUUUAACGAGACAUUUUAUUCAUUCUAAAAAAAUUAUUGGAAACUAAUGUAUAUAGAAUUUAUGUAGAAAAAAUAAUAAAUUAUUAUAAUUAUUUUGAGAAAAGCUUGCAUAAUGGACAAUCUGUAUUUCAACAAAAUAAAAGUAUCGAAAGAUUCUAUAUAAAAAUGUCUGAAACACUGAUCCAAAUGAAAUUUGUUCAUGCAUUAUUGUAUUAAAUUAUAACUAGACUUUCUUAUGCAAUAUUCUGUAUAAGCAAGACAAUAUUAUUUUAACAUAGAGCAUUUAACGUAACCCUUAAGCAAACCCGUGCCGUAAAGGGAAACGUAAACAUUCUUUAUAGAACGGUCCACUGGAAUCUUCAGGUUUCCUGGAAGUAUUCCUUUUUGUUUCAGACAAUGGGAGCGAGUAGGUCAACAAUGGAAACAAGAAAGAAGGCCAGCAUAUGUUGAUGCGAUUUCCAGGAAACUCGAUUCGCCCUCUUAUAAUUUUUUUUCUUCUCUCUCUCUCUCUCCUUUUCUUAAAUCUUGACUGAAAUGUCACUCACUCAUAAAUGCUUUUUCAGUGAAGCAAAAAAAAAGGUUUGUUUCCGAUUUUUGGAAAGCUCUCUCUCGUAUCUCUUCUACGAAAACUCAAAAAUAGUUUAUUGAUUUCUUCUAGUCCAUGCCUCUCGUUAGCUUGUUUGGAGUUACCUCGUUUAAAAGGGACCUCAGAGAAGUUCUGGAAAUCGUUCUUGUUAAGAUAAACUAACGUGUUCUUGUUCGAGUAAAUUGCUGCAGGAGUCAAAAGAUCUUUUGUAUCUAAAUUUUUAAGCACGAGUAUGUUAUUUUGAUAAUUAGCUUUGCAAUCCUUGGAGCCCAGGUCAAAAAGUAUACAUUUGAUUAGCUAAUGUUUAUUCGUUUUUUAUUAAUGGUAAUUCAGUUUUUAUUUAUACAUAGUUUUUUUUUAAUUAAAAUUAUCCUUAUCCGUAUGUUUGAAUAUCCUUGUUUAUAUCCCAUGUUCAACUAUUAGGUACUUGUAGGACUUGAGGGAGCUUUCUAUAAAGGUCCAUCAAGAAAUGUUCGCUUCUCGAAAUCAGAAUGAAAAUUUAAUUAUAAAUAAUAAAACCAGGUUUUUUUUUGGCAUAAUUUUUUAAUUAUUAAACAAAACAGUUUAAACAUAUCUAAUGGGCUUUAGUCGUUGGUUACAGUCUGUGACUGAAUCCGAUUAAGUUGAUGGUUUUAAGUUUCCCAGUUAGUUUAAAAUGAGGUACAGUAUUUUAGAAUGAUAUCAUACCAAAAUUGUAAUGUUGCUUUCGCUAAUGCUACUGUUUAAUUUCGUACUUUCAAAUAACUGCUCCUAAUCUUAUUUACGAAUGCAAUCAAUAUUUUUAAUACAUUGUAUUAAUUGUCUUAAAUUAAUUUGAUUGUGUACUAUGUCUGAUAUAUUGAGUUACAUCGAUGUUGAAAAUGAGAAGCUUGUUAAAAAAAAUGAUUCAUGUGAGUCAUCUUCAUGAUUCUGAUUCAGCAAUCAUCUGAUGUUCACUCCCUUUCCGUGUGUGUCUGUUGUGUAUUAAACGAUACCGUGUGCUACAACGGUGUUGUUGUACUUGCUUGUGUUGUAUGCCAUAGCUUAGAAAAAGUGAUUACUGUCUAAUAAUUUACUAAGCCUAGAAUACAAACUUCUGAAUUCUUGAGAAAUGUUUUUUUUAAAUAAUAGCACAUGUUUUGUUAUUGUUUUCAUUGUUAUCAUUAAAUUUUGCAUUGCAACUCAAAAUGAAUCAUUGCAUAAACACUCGUGACAUCAGUUAACCUAUUUCACAUAAAAAAAAAGUUCAUAGAUGUCUUGUCAUAUUUCUUUCAGUGUGAUGAUUGUGUUAUUAUUAAGUGGCGUGGAUGAGAGGUCGCCGACCCCUAUCUGCGCCACUUUUUGUUUUAUCGGUGUAAAUUAACGAGAAGAAAAUGUUACACACAAUUAUAUUUUAUUUUGCAUCCAGCGGACAUUUAAUUUAUACGAUAUGUUGCUACCUCGAAUAUUUAUGACUAUAAAAAGAACUUAAAACUGUGUCCAUGUAAUAUUCGCACCGCAAAAAUCGCGGUGAAAUUGUACAGAAAAAAAAAACUUUUUGUAUUAUGAUGUGCUUUCUAAGUGUUUAAUGACCAAUGCGUGGUGUAUGUUCCAUAGCUGUAUUAUGACUUCUAUAAUGUUGCGCAGCCGUGUAUGUGCUGCGAGCUGCUGUACAGUUCUGUGUGUUGCGGCGCAAGGUAUGCGCAUGACUUGAAAGGGAUAUUUGCUAUUUAUUGUCAAAUUUGACCAAUGUAACCUCAUGGGUACGUGCAUGUGUAAUGAUGUUGCGUUUUUCUUUUUGUGUGUGUGUUUUCGUGAAUCAUGAAAUUGGCCAAAAUAAAAAUCUAUUUAUAUUUAAA